ACCAUCGUAGCAUUGUAGCCUGCUACUGCUCUAUCCGAGUCGAAUUCAUUCACGAGUGGCUUCUAGAGUAGUCUCGUCUGGAAGUGGGAGCGUUUUGAUUCGUCAGGUCUCAUUCAAUCUUAUUAUCCUGGGAGUGAGGCGGUGUCGCUGCCUCGCGCGGCUCGUCGCUGUCUGGGGGGAAAGGCAGUCGGCGAUGGCUCGCCUGGUUACUGGCGUUUCGCGAACGAGACGGAGCUCGUCGUCGUUGUCGCUCGUGCUAUUUCUUCUCGUGUUACUCCUGCUCUUCGCGAACGUCGCUCGCUCUGCUAAGAUCACCUUCAUUAGGAAGAACGGCAAAACCUUCGUGAUUAAAACGGGCGACGACGACGAUCUGGACGACGACGAUGAUCUAGAAGAAACGGAUGGCGAGGAUUCGAAGCGAGAGGGAGGAGGAGACUCGUCAGGAGGAGCAGCAGCAGCAGCGGGAGCCAAAAAAUCGCAGGCGAAAAGCGACGAGUCUGACGAUUCUGAUGGUUCCAAACGGGUCGAGGCGCUUAAAUCUGUCAAAUCGCCCGAGUCGGUAGCAGCGGCGGCGGAAGCGGCGGCGGCUUCCGCGCUAGCAGCAAUGGCGGAAGACCCCCUCGUGGAGAAGUACAAACAGGAGCCGUUGGAUCCGGGAUCCUGGCGGACAGCUGUUGAGAUGCCAUUGGCGGACGUGCGCCGGCGCGCGGAGCAGGGGGACGCGGAGGCGCUGUGGGCGCUGGGGGUGAAGCGGGUGGUGGGCGCGGGGGGGAGGGGGGGAGUGGCGCGGGAUAUUCCCAAGGCGCUGAUGCUGCUAGAGCGAUCCGCGGAGCAAGGGUUUGCGCACGCGCACUCCGCGCUGGGGUUCCUCCACGCGAGCGGAUACGGCGUUCCGCUGAAUCAGGUGAAGGCGUUUCUCCACCACACGUUUGCCGCAAAUGGCGGCAGCAUCCACUCCAAGAUGGCCCUGGGAUUCGCCUAUCUGCGCCAGCAGGAGUUUGAGCGCGCCGCGGCGCUCUACGCUGACGUGGCAGCCAAGUCCAUGGCGGUGAACAGCCUCCCUGGGCUGGCGCCGCUGAUAGAGACGGUGCACCUGAGCGCGGGGGGGGAGGAGAGCCUUGAGGCGACUAGAGGACACAGAGGGGAGGCGGAUGAAACCAUUCAGUUCAUUGAGCUGCAGGCGUCACGGGGGGCAGUGGAUGCCAUUCGAACGCUGGGCACGCUGUACUACUGGGGCGCGAGGGGCAUGCCGAGGGACCAUGUGCGGGCGUUCGGACUCAUGAAGAAGGCCGCGGAGAUGGACGACCCGCAUGCCAUGGUGACGCUGGGUGAGAUGCUCACGCAUGGGGUCGGAGUGAAGGCGAACUACGGCAAGGCCAUGGAGUGGUUCAAAAAGGCCCACGCCAGAGGGGUCGUGAGCGCCCUGAAUGGCGUGGGGUACCUGCAUUCCAAGGGGCUAGGGGUGCCUCAAGACUACCACAAGGCCGUGCAAAACUUCCUCACUGCUGCGCGGAAAACUCGAGAUGUGGACGCCUUGUAUAAUCUAGGCAUGAGCCACUUAAGAGGGCAAGGAGUGCGACGGAACCCCAGCAAGGCGCUGCAGUUCCUGCAGCAGGCAGUGGAGGGGCAACACGUGGGCGCCAUGUACCAGAUGGGCAAGAUGCACCUCGCAGGCACUGGCGUGCCCAAGAACGUGGUUGUGGCUGCUCGUCUGUUAAAAGCAGUUGCAGAACGCGGCCCGUGGGGAGUGAUGCUGCGGUGGGCGCAUGCCUGCUUCAUGUCGUCCACACAAGGCCCCUCUCUCUGGUCCCUCUCCCGCUCCGCCGCCUCCUCCUCCGCCUCCUUCUCCUUCUCCUUCUCCCUCUCCUCCCCCCUCUCGCCCUCCUCCCCCCGCUCCUCCUCCUCCGCCGCCUCGCCCUCCUCCUGGCCUGCGUCCUGCGACGUGGGCACGUCGCUAAUGCUCUACUCACGGGCUGCUGAGUUGGGGUACGACGUGGCUCAGGGCAAUGCUGCUUGGCUGCUGGAUAAAGUGGUUGGCAACUCUGUUCUCGACAAUGCAUGCGUGGGCCCUCCUCGCAACAACACCCCAUCAACGCCUUCCUUACUGGAAAAGGCUGACACGGCCAGCCAAGCAGUAGACGGUGGUGCAGCAAAUGAUGGGAGUGCAAGAGACGGGGAGGGAUCAACAACAGGUCAAGAGGGAUCUGCGGCUGUGGAGACAUCGCAAGCAGAUGAGGCAGGAGGCGAUGGAGCCGAAGGGGAGGAAAGCAGAGUGAAGAGGCAGCAGGAGCAGCAGGGAGGACCGAGCAGCAGCAGCAGUAGCAGCAGCAGCGGUGGCGGCGGCGGUGGCGGCAGUGGCGGUGGUGGCAGUGGUGGUGGUGGAGGUGCAAGCAGGGGCGGGUGGAGGAGGUGCAGUGAGGCGGAGAGGCACGAGAGGUCGCACCGCCUGUGGCAACUCGCAGCUGAGCAGGGCAGCGUGCAGGCGGCCUUACUGCUGGGGGACGCCUUCUUCUAUGGAAGGGGCCAGGCGCGGGAUCUAGAGCGGGCAGCAGAGGCGUACUGGAGGGCGAGGGAAAAGGGCAGCGCACACGCCAUGUUCAACCUUGGGUUUAUGCACGAGCACGGCAUGGGGCUGCCUAGGGAUCUGCAUUUGGCAAAACGCUUCUACGACCAGGUCCUCGAUGCCUUCCCCCGUGCCGUGGUGCCUGUGAGAAUCGCCCUCUUCGGCCUCUGGCUGCGCAUGCAGUACGGCCACUACCCUGCCGUGUCCAAGGCGUUGGAUCUGCUGCCUGAGAUAGGCCCCAUCACCUCAGAUGCGAUAAAGGCUUUCUUGAGGGAUGAGACCAACGCGUACAUUGCUACUCUAAUCGCCCUCCUGCUCGCCGUCCUCUUCCUGCGCUCGCAACGGCGGCAGCAACGUGUGCAAGCAUAAUAAUAUCUAUCGUUGCGGCAUUGUCCUUCUCUCCUGAUGAAUGGGCCAACACAUACAUCGCAACUCUGCUCGUGUUCCUUACCUUCCUGCUCUCACAACAGCGGCAGCAACAAGCGCAGGUCUCAUCAGUUUAGUUGAUGUUUGUUACAUGAGAUUUCUCCCCUGCAGGAUGAAACCCAUGUGAUUAACACUACUCUCCUCAUUCUCCUCCUCGCCAUCCUCUUCUUGCGCAACGAGCUCUUGUCCAAGGGGAAAUUGGUUUGCAUGGCAAGCCCAAGGUCUUGUGCAGUAAUUUGCAGUACAUGUAGUAAUCACAGCUGUGGUGUGAGCUUGACUUGGGAAGCAUUUGAAGGGAAGGGAUGUUUUCUAUCAGGGAUUGAUACAGUUAAACUAAGGUAGCUAGGAACGGUAGGAAGCCAUAGAAAUUGCAAGAGGUUUUAGGUUAGGAAAGUUGAGGAAAGAAAAGAAGAUUGGGAAUAGAAGAGAGAGUGAUACAAGGAGGAGGGUUGUACCCUCUACAGUAGGUUUCAGUAACACCUACCAAGCAGGGUCCUUGCUAACUUUUAGGCCUGUCU